AUGGACUUAAAUGCACCCCCACCAUGCCCCUUCUGCAAAAUCGCCGCAACAUACCCCCCAACCCCAUUUACCGACCCAGACUCAAACCCAACAGCAACAACAGAUGAAAUAACAUCUCACGUCAUCCUCUCAACAGAGCAUAUCAUUGCUUUCCUGGAUAUCAUGCCCCUAACCCGUGGCCAUGUCCUCGUUGCAUCGAGACAUCAUUAUCAGAUGUUGAGCGAUAUGGGUGUUCUGGCUGGGCAGGAGAUGGGUAAGUGGCUUCCGAUCCUUUCAAGGGUCGUUACGAAGACUGUCUUUGGGGAUGAUCCUGAUAGGCAUUGGAAUGUUGUGCAGAAUAAUGGCGAAAGGGCAGCACAAGUCGUGCCCCAUGUCCACUUCCACAUCAUCCCCCGCCCUGCAACAGGGACCAAUCAGAGAACAAGCUUUGCCAUGUUUGGUCGUGGGCAGAGAGAGGAAUUGGAUGAUGACGAGGCUGAGAUUUUAGCUCGCGAGCUGAGACUUGAGCUUGUUGAGGAGGUUAAGCGGAUUCAGAGGGAGGAGGGUGUGGAUCUGGCGCAGGGGUUGGUUUUGGAUGCGAGCUCAAGAGGGAAACUGUGA